GUUGCUGGAUUCGACUUGGUUACGGAUGAAGUCAUGGCCGUACAAUACCGUUUGAAGAAGGAUUAUAUAGUAACGAAUAAGAAAACCAAUGUUGUCAUUGCGGCUUUCACUACUGCUUAUGCACGAUUGCAUCUCCUCAAAUUUAUGGAGAUGGUUGGGGACCGCCUACUAUAUCAUGAUACCGAUAGCAUUUUCUAUGUUCACAAAAACGAACUGCCUGACCCACCAACGGGAACUUGUCUUGGCGACUUGUCAUCAUCGCUGGAACCUAACGAGCACAUAGAAGAAUUUGUGGCGCUUGGGCCUAAAAGCUACGCUUAUCGUACCAACACUGGUCACGAAACAAGAAAAGUGAAGGGAUUUACGUUAACGCGGCAGGCCAGAAAACAGCUGAAUCUGGAAAGUUUGAAGGAAUUGCUACUGGAAAGCCUUGCACCGCCAGAUGAACCAAACGAUAUUAUGGUUAAUUAUCCGUUCAACAUCACGCGAAAUAAGCGCAAGUUGGAGGUUCUGUCUACGGAAAUGAAUAAGCGCUUCAGACUUACCUACUCAAAACGUCGAAUUGUCGACACCGAAUUUCAUACUCGUCCCUGGGGUGAUGUUUCCGGAGAAUAGGCCUUCAAUUUCCAGUACCGUACAGUUGUUAAUAAUAGUUUUAAUAUUAUGGCUAAUUCCAAAAAAUGCUUCCAGCAAUAUUAUUAGAAUCAGCAUCAUGACAAUGCAGGAGCCUAUUGCUGCCUCACAGAAGUUCUUUUUGCACACAAUGCGAGCCAUCUUAGCAAGACUAUGUUUGGGUAUUGUGUUUGUUUUCUUUGAACAUUGUUUCUUUAAUAGUUACCUCAAUAGAAAAGUUGCAUUAAACAUCGCAGCGUAACUCUAAUUAAAGAGGUAUGAAUAAAGGCGCAGACCCAUACGUUCCAUGUAAAUUGCACUGUAUCUACAGUUGUAAAGUAUAUGCAGUGUACAAACUUACUGAUUCAUAAAGUAGAUCUAGGAACUAUAGUUAUAAAGUCCAACCGGAAAUUACAGCUGGAAGGUGUAGCUCCCAACUCCAGUUUAUGACGUAAGCGCCGCCAUUUUUAAAUAAUUGAUGAGUCAUAUCUACUUAUACAGUAUCGCAUUACUACUGAUAUAAUUAACUAAUUUUACACCGCUUAUACUUUAUAGGACUCCAAUAGCUAGCGGUUAUAUUGCUGGUUUCACUAGAUUUAGAUGCUUUCUAAAACCAUGAAUCUAGCGCCGAUAUGCUGGAAUUUGCCCGAAAUGUUAGGUGGUUAAAGUAGUUUAAUUGGACCCUUUUUAUUUCGUUAAAAAUGUUCUUUUUCUGGAGCGCGUUGCGUGGGAGUUCUUUAACGUUUAGCUUUGUUAGCCAAUAAGUGCUGGUUUCGGCAAUAGACAAUUUAAUAAUUGUUGCGUAAAAAAUAUAUUAAACGAUCUGUCUCAAGUCGUCUCAUAUAUUUAUCACAAGUCACAUUUAUCACAUGGAAGCUGGAACCGAACGAAACUAUCAAACUGUAAAAAAAAGAACAAUAAUUAUACUAACGUCGAAAGCUACGGGCGGUUGCCACGGUGACUGACAUUAUCCAUGGCGCACCGCAUCGAAGAAGGGCUUACAGAUACAUUACUUUUAUUUUGCCCAUCAGCAUGCUGCAUGUGCUCUCUGGCGGCUGUUGACUCAACACCAUUAUUGAUGCGCGUUGAAAUCUUUGAAGUUUUGAAACAAAAUCUGUGAAUUAGCGUCGCGCGAAUGCACCUCUUGGUUAUAUUGUUAGCUUUUACCCAGUAAAAGUUGUCAUUUGCUGUUUGUUCAAUGCUCAGGCAGGAACAGUUGUCAGUGGCGUUUUCUGCUGCUACUUAUGCUCCUGCAGCGUGGCGGUUGGUGCAGCUGCCAGUGCCCAGCAUCGUACCUUGCAGUUUCCAGAGCACGCUCUAAAAUAAACUGAUUCUAUGUUUCGGAGGGAACAAGUUGAUAGUUAAUUUUUCUAGUGGGGAAUUUGUCGCUAGCCGUGGACGUUGGUUUCGUAUGCUCUGGGCGGCCCAGUGACGGGCAGUGCUUGAUCUAAACUACCUGCGUAUUACUGUACAAAGGUGGGCUUUGCAUCUUGCAGCUUGCUUUCGACAACCUGCAUCUUCCAUCUGUAUGGAGCUGCUGACUAACUUCAUUUAUACCAUGUGAAGAACCACUGGAGCCUACUGCGUGACUUGUAUCGCGCAGAUUCAGGUGGGAGAGACCAGCAGGUCCACAUCGCCAACGGCCAGCAGAUGCUGCCCGCGUGCAGGAGGGCCGCCCUCGGGGCGCGCAUCAUCGGGUCGAUGGGUCGUAGCAGUCGUGUUUACCGUCGCUGCACGGCUGCCCACAGUAAUUGGACAGAACGCUGGCCCAGCCUGGGCAGUGGCAUUCCUCCGCACGUCGCCUGCCCAGGGCGUCUGGCUCAGUUGACGCCCCGUGGUGGUAGCGUCCGCGGAAUGGCUGGCCAGGGUGCCGCCUCCCCACUCCACACAACUAUAGCUGAUUCGGUCCAAAUCUUGGAGAAAGUGGACGAGUUGAAAGCCAAACUGCACCGUCUCCUGCCGCCCGAAACAGAAAGCACUGCGGAAUAUGACGCCGCCCAUCAGACCGCCGAGUUUGGACCGAUGGACGAAUUUAUGUGGACACUGCAAAGUGAAACGACGACAACGGCCGACGCCGCAGUGCGCGACGCUCUGCGGCAGUUCAGCCAGCAGGCGGACGAGCUGUCGCCGCGGCAGCGCGUGCAGUUGGCGUCGGUGUGCCAGCUGAUUCUGCUGGACCAGCGUUCCCGCAUCAAGGUCCUGUCGGCCACGCUGACCGCCCCCGGGGAACUGUCAGCAACGGGGAGAGACGGGCUGCAGUGUUGCCGCGACGAGGCGGAGCGAGUCGUGGUGGACGCGGCGGGCAUCCUGCAGCGUUUCCUGACGCACAUCCUUCCGCAGCAGCUGCACACGGAGUUGGAUGCUAUCCUCACCCCGCUGUUGGAUCGGAUGCAGACGCGGGAUUUCUCUGCCGGGUCCGACUUCCUGUCGACGCUGGGUUUGUCGAUAUCGGUGGCAACGCGUCUGCUUGCCGGUCUGCAGGGGGAAUUCUUCGAGACUUUAGAAAUCAGUGCGACGCCGGCCCUGAUCCGCGAGCUGGACGAGGUGGCGGCGCUGAUCGGCAGCGGUCUUUUCGAUCCCGACGUGAAUUUCGUCAUCGGCCAGUACACGGAUUAUCCCGCUUCCGACUGGGAAUAUUUCACGGACAACUACCGCGGCACCGGCCGCGUGAUGGUUCACUACAACUGGGUGUACGCGAUGGCCCGCAUGGGCAGUGUGGUCUACGGCGGCACGGUCGGAGAGUUGUGGAGUUCCUUGCUGUUCGCGCUGAACAAUCCCGCUUAUAACAAGAUGCUAAUGCUGUGUUUUGUGCCGCUGAACGUGGCUGCCCGCCUGGGCGGCGGCACCGUGUACCCACUGGUGUGCGACGUGCUAGCCGACCCUUUGGUCCCCGUCUUCGACGAGAAGAAACCUGCGAAUCCCCAGGAAGCCAUCGCCGGCCGCGUGUGCUACCGGCACGAAUCGCUGCUGCAGAUGCUCAUCCAGAUCGUCGACAUCCUCGGACCGAGCACCAAAGUCCAGUACUGCAUCGCCGUCGACAUCUGUCCCCGGACAAAGGACGACGACGCCUUCUGGGCGACGCUGUACCUCUUCCGCCGCGUCGCGGACCCGCGCGCCAGCCACCGGGAGCGGGCGGCCGCGGGGACCGAAAGGUCACGGGGUCUGGAGGCCGACGGUGUCCGGCUGUGCAAUGACGACGUCCAGGCCAUGUCGCGGGAGGAUCUCCGACGCGUCUUCGACAUUGACCUGGUCGCCAAGCACCACGUGGACGCGACUAAUAAUAAUAAUAAUAAUAAUAAUAACACGCAGCCGGUGCAGUUGGCGCUGCAGCUGCAGUAUCCCGACGGAUCGUCACGGCCCUUGACGGUCGAUUUGAAUGACUUCUUCCCGCGGCUGAAGGGCUUCUGGGAAGAGGAUUACCGCACUCGUUUGGAAAGGCAGGCAUUGCCGGCUAACCGCAUGCUGCGCGGGAGGGACAGUGAGCUGCACGGGCUGCCGCGCACCCAUUUUGUCCACUGGCAGUACUGGCGAACAUAGACUGUAAUUCAUCACCAGGCCCUCGUUCAGCCAUACAUGGACAAGUGUGCAAUACUUCCAGAUGUGUCUGCGUACUGGGUAUCUUUUGUUGUCGGUUUUCUAGCUUAGUUAUUUAUUUGUUUCGUUUAUUCCCAAGUGUAAGCUACAUUCAGUAUCUGCAGUACAAGUAUAGCUUAUGUUGCGAGUUGUAUUGGAUGGUGACAUUAAUUUUUUUUUUUUUUUUUUUUACAAGUUUCGUACUUUAUUCUUGUAAUUAGUUCUAUGCAGUGUCACGAUG